ACAAUAUUAAAAAAAUGAAUUUGAAAAACCAAUUUUUUUGCAAUCAAACACAAAGGGAUCAUUAGUCCCACCUCCAAUACUUUGCCGUGCCCAUACCACAGUAAACCCCCACCACUCCUCACACCCUCUCUCCUCUUCGUCUUUCUCUUUUAUUAUUAUCAUUACAAUAACACUCACAACUUCCCUUGCAUUUUUUUUUCACUUCUUCGUCUUCUCCAUCCUCCAAAAAAAAAACAGAGAGAGAGAUGAAAGGUGAAUACUUAGAUCACAAGACGCAAACCCACAAACCCAACAGCAGCAUGAACAUGUUCUCUAAACUCUCUCACCACCACAACCCUCUCUCCCCCCACUUCCACCUCUCCUCCGCCGCCGCCGCAGACUCUUCCUCCUCCGCCCCCUCCGCCGCUCCAACCACCGGGAAACCAUCUUCCACCUCCGUCGUCGCCGCCGGGGAUGGCUCCUCCAUCGAGGUCGUCCGUCGUCCACGUGGAAGACCCCCCGGCUCCAAGAACAAGCCAAAGCCACCUGUCUUCGUCACCCGCGAGACCGAUCCCCCCAUGAGCCCUUACAUCCUCGAGGUCCCUCCCGGAAACGACGUCGUCGAGGCCAUCAACAGGUUCUGCCGUCGCAAGUCUCUCGGCGUCUGCGUCCUCUCCGGCUCCGGCUCCGUCGCUAACGUUACUCUCCGGCAACCGUCUCCGGCGGCUCCUGGAUCCACUAUCACUUUCCACGGCAAGUUCGACCUCCUCUCCAUCUCUGCCACCUUCCUCCCUCCUCCACCGCGAACAUCACUCUCCCCCUCCGCCGCCGUAUCCGGCGUCUUCACCGUCUCCCUCGCCGGACCCCAGGGCCAGAUCGUCGGCGGCUUCGUCGCCGGACCUCUCAUCGCCGCCGCCACUGUCUACGUCGUCGCCGCGAGCUUCACCAACCCUUCUUACCACCGGCUUUCCUCCCCCCCCGGGGGUGGAGAGGGACACGUGGCAGCGAGUGGGGGAGAGUCGUCAUGUGGGAUUCCGAUGUACAGUUGCCACAUGGGAGGUUCUGAUGUAAUUUGGGCUCCCACCGCUCGUGCUCCACCGCCUUACUGAGUUUUUUUUUCAGAAAAAAAAAAGUUUCCACCUUUGUGUGUUUUUUUUUGUUCAUUCUAACAAUUUGGGCUCGAGUUUCUUAUUUUAGAUCAAAACAAAUUAGGGUUUGUUGCUUUGGUUGAUGGUGAUGAUAAUGAUGAUGUUUUGUUAAUUUCGUAGUCGAGUUUUAGAAAUCAGAAUCUCUGGUAAAAACCCACUGAACGUAUCGUGAUAGUCUAAUUUGUGUUUUUCUUCAUUUGUUUUUAUAAUUUCAUAAUUUUUGUCUUUGAUUUAUUUGUAACUUUAAUUAUGGAUCGUUUCCUUUAUAUAUUCCAGAAAUUAUACACUA